AUGGACUCGGAACACAAAACUAAAGUAAAACAGGGGGCCUUGAAAAAGUACAAAGAAGAUGAAACCUACAGGAUGAAAAAUAAAGCAGCUCAUGUUCAAAGAUAUAGUUCAAAUGAAACUUUUAAAGCAAAUAUGCAAGAAAGAGCUGCAAGGAGGUAUCAAUCUGACAUCAAAGUCCAAUCAAAAGUAAAGAAACGUAGUAAGGAUAGUUAUUACUCAUCUUCAGAAGCAAUGAAGAAGAAAAAAGAGAAAGUUGCACAAAAGAGGAGGCUGAAGCAGAUGAACUUGGAACAGGAAGAGGAAGUUAUCAGAUUGUUUAAGGAAAAAGCUAAGGAGGGUCCAGAUUAUGCUUGUACCUGCUGCCAUAGGUUAUUGUUUAAAAAUCAAGUUCAAGCUUGUGAACAUCAGAUGUAUGAGAAAAAUGAAUCUGCAAGAACUAUUUCUGACAUUUGUUUGGUACACAAGUAUUUGCAUGAAUGUUCUGAAUCUUGUCCAGAAGCAUGUACCAAAUCAUCAUUAUGGAUUUGUUACACUUGUCACAGGAAAAUAAUGAGUGGCAAAGCACCAGCUGAGGCUUCAGUGAACGGUUUGAUUCUGGAAGAUAUUCCACCAGAACUGACUCGAUUAAACAGUUUGGAACAGCAUUUGAUUGCGAUUCACAUACCAUUUAUGAAGGUCAUGGCUCUUCCCCAUGGUGGGCAAAAAAAUGUUCAUGGACCUGUGGUUUGUGUGCCUUCAGAUAUGAAAAAGACAAUCAGUUUACCCAGAAAAGAAGAUGAAAACUUAUUGUUGCGUGUGAAAUUAAAAAGGAAAUUAAAUUACAAAGGCUACUUUGAAUAUCAGUUUGUUAAUACAAACCAUGUCAUGUCAGCCUUAUCAUACUUGAAAGAAAACAAUCAGUGGUACAAGGAUUUAAAAAUAACAUCAUCCUUAACUGAAAGUUUGGAGACUCAUGAAGAAAUGUCAGAUGUUGAUACAACAGGUGAAAUUAAUGAAGAAAUGGUUGCAUUUGAUACAUGUUUACAGCCUGUUGAUGUUGCACAGGAAGUUUUAGAUCAUUAUUUCGAUGACGUGUAUAAUAUUGCACCAAGUGAAGGGAAGAAUCCUGUUCGAAUGUUACAAGAACCUGGCAACGAAGCGAAGGCAUUUCCUUGUCAUUUCCCAAGUGGUAGUUUCUCCUGGAAUGAGGAAAGAUCAGAAAAAUUAACUCUCGAGAAAUAUUUCAAUAAUAGGUUAAUGAAUGCUGAUGACAGGUUUGCAAAGGAUACCAAUUACAUUUUUUUCAGCCAGUACAUGUCUGAAUUGAAUCAAGUGAUCGAAAAAACACAAAUUUCACUUAGAAAAUCACUAUCAAAAUGUACCAAUGGAAAACCAGUUACGAUACAUAUGCUGCAAGACCCGACUACUCUCUCCAGUUUGUUGAGAAAUGAUGAUGCUUUAAGAUUUAUGCAGCCAAUAAGAGGAACUCCUGCCUAUUGGUCAAGUACUCAGAAGGACAUUUUUGCCAUGCUGCGACAAUUAGGAAUCCCAACUUGGUUUUGUUCGUUUUCUGCAGCGGAGUACAGAUGGAAUGAUGCUGUUAAAGCUAUAUUGCAACAGCAGAAUGAUAACAGAGAUCCCGAUGAGAUGGAGUGGUCAGAGAAAAAUGAAGUUUUAAGAUGCAAUCCAGUCACAGUGGCUAGAAUGUUUGAACACAGGUUUCAAAUAUUUCAUAAGGAGGUCAUUCUUUCCCCAGCAAAGCCAAUAGGAAAAGUAAUAGACUUUUUCCAAAGAGUUGAGUUUCAGCAGAGGGGAUCCCCACAUAUGCAUUGUUUAUAUUGGGUUGAAAAUGCACCUAAUAUUGAUUCUGAUGGAGAAGAAGCUGUGUGCGACUUCAUUGACAGAUAUGUGACAUGUUCUGUUCCUGCAGAUAGUGAUGACCCAGAAUUGAGAAAAAGUGUCUUAGAGGUACAACAGCACAGCAAGAAACAUUCAAAGUCUUGUAAAAAGAAAGGCACAGAGUGUAGGUUUAAUUUCCCAAGGCCCCCUUCUCAAAAGACUUUCAUUACAAGUGCAAAUGAAGAAGAAAACGCAGAGGAGUGGGAAAAAGAGACAAAUGUAAACAAAGCUUUUGCAAAGGAGAUAUUACUUAGUGUUUGGGAUAAGAUACAGAAUGAUGGUGAAAGAAUUCAAACAACACAAGAAUUGUUUGAUGAUCUAUCACUAACACAGGAGCUGUACGAAGAUGCCUACAACAUGUUAUCCACAAAGAGAUCAGUUGUACUCGAACGCUGCCCGAAUGAGGUAUGGACGAAUCAAUACAACAGAUGUCUGUUGAAGUCCUGGGAUGCUAAUAUGGACAUACAGUUUGUGCUGGAUCCUUUCAGUUGUAUUGUUUAUAUAAUUUCCUAUAUAUCAAAGUCAGAAAGGGAAAUGGGUAUGUUACUCAAACAAACAAAGUUGGAGGCUGAGGAGGGAAAUCACGAUGCCAGACAAACGAUGAAGAAAAUUGGUUCAGCAUACUUGCAUCACAGAGAAGUAAGCGCACAAGAAGCUGUGUACAGAGUAUGUAACUUGAAGAUGAAAGAAUGCUCUAGGAAAGUGUUGUUUGUGCCUGUAGGUGACAACCCGGUGCGCUUAAGUAAGCCACUAUCAGUGCUUAAGAAGAAAGCAUCAAAGGAUGAAGAGAUAAGUGUUGAGGAAGAAGAUGAGGAGGAUGAAGUUUGGAUGACAAACAUUAUUGAACGUUACAUGAACCGACCAGAUAAAGCAAUAUUUCAUGAAAUGUGCCUCGCGGAAUUUUGUUCAGAAUUUAGAGUGCUUGCUAAAUCACAAGUUCCGAAGAAGGAAAAUGAAAAUGUUUUUGAAUUACAGAAUGGAAAGGGUUUUGUGCAACGAAGAACAAGAACACAGCCUGCUGUUGUUAGGUAUCCCAGGUUUAAUGUUGAGAAAAUGUCAGAAAAAUAUCAUCAGUCUCUCUUGCAACUUUUUCUACCCUAUUGGACAGAGGCACAGUUGAAACCACCAGGGUUUGAGUUAUAUGAGGAUUUUUAUGAGACUGGUUAUGUGAAAAUUCUGGGGAGAAAAAAGAAGGAAUCAGUGAAGUCAAUAGUGGAUUUCAAUCAUUCACUUUAUGCAAAGAAUGAAGAUGUUAUUGACAAUGCUCAGGAGGCAUAUGAGAUGAUAGGUGAACCAGAGGAUGCAUGGUCACGAAUUUGUCCAGAAACAGAGGUUCUUCGAAGGGAGGGUAUAGCACAGAGAAAGGAAACUACAGUGCCACAGGAGGAAAACAUAAAUAUCAUACCGGAUAUCGAAAGCGAGACACAUAAUGCAGAUGUCAUGUAUCAUGUUCACCAAAAUGCAGCUUCAAGAGAGGAAAUGCAAUCUGUUCUUCAAACAUUGAAUGAAACACAGAGUGAAAUUUUUUACUUGGUGCGCGACUGGUGUUUAGGAAAGAUUGCAGGAGAAAAACCUGAACCACUACAUUUAUUUAUUACUGGAGGUGCAGGAACUGGUAAAAGCCAUCUCAUAAAAGCCAUUCAUUAUGAAGCAUCACGUUUGCUUUCACGAAUAAUGACUGAACCAGAUAGUGUAUCAGUGCUUCUCGCAGCAUUCACGGGAACAGCGGCUUUCAACAUAGGCGGAAAUACACUUCAUCACCUAUUUUCAUUAACAAAGUAUCUUCCCCUUCCUUAUGAACCACUUGGAGAACAAAGUCUCAGUGAGUUGAGAGUUAGGAUAGGAGAUCUUCAGAUCCUAAUCAUUGAUGAGAUAUCAAUGGUAUACAAAAGGCUUCUCUACUACAUACAUGAAAGGCUGGUGCAGAUUAAGAAGUGCAAAGAGCCAUUUGGAGGGGUUUGUGUUAUUGCUGUUGGGGACUUUUACCAGCUUCCUCCUGUUAAGCAGCGAAAAGACGAGAGACUUUACAAAGAAAAUAUGAGUUAUCCAAUGGACUUCUGGCUUGAGUUAUUUAAAGUCAUUGAAUUGAAAGGGAUAAUGAGACAAAAAGAAGACUUGUCGUUUGCUGAGGUUCUUAAUUCCCUUCGUGUAAGAGAGAGAGAUCAACCGUUAACACAUCAGCAAAGUGCUAUGUUGGAAGAUUGUAUCAGAGAAGGUCCAGAAGAUGUUCUUCAUGUUUUUUCUACCAAUGAAGAGGUUAACGCAUUCAAUUUGUCAAUGCUAAAGAAAUCUUGUGAAGAUUUACUGGAAAUUGAGGCCCAAGAUUACAAAAAGGACAAAACAUCGGGGAAACUGAUACCAAAAAACAAACCUGUGACAAAAUCUAAAAGUGAUGGCCUCCCAAGUUCGCUCUUAUUGUCUGUCCAUGCAAGGGUUAUGCUCACAAGAAAUUGCAAUGUGGAGGAUGGACUUGUUAAUGGAUUAAUGGGGCAUAUCUGUCAGUUUUCAAUGGUUGAAAACAGUGAUAGAGUUGUUAAAGCUAUAGGAGUAAUUUUUGAUAAUAAGGAAGUUGGGAAGAAGUCCGGACAGAAGACAAUGGAUGGAAACCUAGUGUUCAUAGAAAGAGUACAAGAAGAGAUGAAGGAAAAGGCCAGUACGGUGGUAAGACACCAAUUUCCAAUUAGGUUGUCUUGGGCAUGUACGGCUCAUAAAGUGCAAGGGAUGACAACUGAGAAAGCUGUAGUGAAUUUAGAUAAAGUUUUUGCUCCAGAGACAUGGAUAGGAUCUGGGGAAAAUACGGAGAAAUAUGGACUGCAAGGGUUUCAGUUUCAUCAUCUGCCUAGAGAGGAAGCAUAUGAAGAAAGUGUUGUCUCAAAACAAAGUUUACGCAUGUCAAAGGGUGGAGGAGUUGGGCUUUUCCGUUAG